UUCCCCGGGCUCCGCCAUUUCUCGGAAACCUCGCCUGAGGAGCGGACCCCGCGCUGGGCCCGGCCCGGGCAUCGGGCCAAGGAACCGCUGCUGCCCUGAACCGGCGGGAGCUCGGGCCCCAGGAGCGUUUCCCACAUGCAGGAAGACUGGGGAGAGGGAUCCGCGAUUUUCACACAGAGUUUUUUAUUCCCAAGGCAUGGGCGGAUGGAGGAGGAGGAAAAGCCCCAGAGAUCCCUCAGGAUGGGCUGCAAACCCAGCCCAGGGAGCUGCGAGGAGGAAAGACCCUCCCUGAGCCGGGAAGGCGGCCGGAGAUCCAGGCAGAGCUCAGAGCUGGUGGAGAAUCCUCAUGGAGGGCAGAAGCCCCACGAGUGCCUGGAAUGUGGGAAGGGUUUCAGCUACAGGUCUGACCUGAUCCAGCACCAGAUGGUCCACACUAGGGAAAAGCCCAACAAGUGUGGGAAAUGUGGGAAGAGUUUCAGGUCAAUAUCUGAUCUGAUGUGGCACCAGGUGGUCCACACAGAGGAGCGGCCCUGCUUGGAAUGUGGGAAGAGCUUUGGGUGGAUUUCCACCCUGAGGAGCCACCAGCACAUCCACACCAGGGAGAGGCCCUACCAGUGUCGUGAGUGUGGGAAGAGAUUUCAGACCAGCUCCAAUCUUCUCCUACAUGAGCGGAUUCACACAGAGGAGAGGCCCUUCUGCUGCCCUGACUGCGGGAAGGGAUUCAGCCGCAACUCCACCCUCAUUGUCCACCAGUGCAUCCACACCAGGGGAGAGGCCCUAUGAGUGUGGGGAGUGUGGGAAGAGCUUCUCACAGAGCUCAGUCUUGACCCAACACCAACGGAGGCACCACUAAGGGAAGCCCUGUGAGUGCUCCGAGUGUGGGAAGAGCUUCGUGCUCUGCUCCAGCUCCAUCCCCCAUGAGAGGAUCUGUGUUGGAUGAUCCCCAGUGACCCCUGUUGGGCAGAGCCCGGUGAUCUGUUUUAGGUGGGGGGAAGGGGUUGGAGAGAUUUCUUGCGCUUCUUCUCUUACUCUUGUUAUUUGGUUGGUAAUAAAUUCCCUCCCUGUGCCC